UUCUGUUGCUUGUACGUACAGGGAAGAUGCCCCCCCUCGCUGCCUCUUCAAUUUAGAAGAACUUCAACUUUACUCUCUCUCUCUCUCUCUCUCUCUCUCUCUGUGAUGGCGAAAUCUUUCACAGUUAAGGUUCUUGAGCAUUGCUAUGUCUCUCCACCACCCUCUUCAGCUCCACAAACCUCACUCCCUCUAACCUUCUUUGACUUACCAUGGCUUUUCUUCUCUCCAGGCCAACCUCUGUUCUUCUAUGAAUAUCCCUUCCCCACCUCCUAUUUCACGUCCACAACCCUCCCAAAUCUCAGGCACUCCCUCUCCUUGACUCUCCAACACUACUACCCUUUUGCAGGAAACCUUCUCUUGCCAACCGAACCAGGCAAGCCGGAGCUUGUUUACACCGACGGUGACAAGGUUGAGCUGACAUUUGCCGAGUCCGGUGGUGACUUCGGCCAUCUUUCAGGUAAUCAUCCACGAGAAGUCAAUCAAUUUCACCAGCUUGUGCCCAAGUUGCCAAAUUGUGUGUCAGGAGAAAAGCAAUUGGUUCCUUUGCUGGCUGUUCAAAUUACUGUUUUUCCAAACUGUGGCAUUUGUAUUGGACUGACAUACCAUUAUGUUUCUGCUGAUGGAAGGACCUUCAACAAUUUCAUUAAGACUUGGGCAUGGUAUUGUGGUCUUCGAGAUUCUUAUUUUCCCAUAAAGUACCUACCGUUUAAUGAUAGAUCAGUCAUCAUUGACACACAUGGGCUGGAGCAGAUUUUCUUGAAGGAGUGGUGGAGCAGAAAAUCUUCACAAGAAAUUGUUGUAGAUUUGUCCAAUAUGGUUCGAGCCACAUUUGUAAUGAGUUUGGUCGAUAUGGAGAGGAUCAAACAAUGGAUAAUAGCUCAAUGCAGAAAGAAAAACCAGUCACCACCAAUACAUUUAUCACCAUCUGUACUAGUUUGUGCAUUUAUAUGGGUUUGUUUACUUAAAACCCAAGUGGGUUUGAAUGGGAAAUGUUUUGGGGAAGAUCCAACUUAUUUUGGGUUUAAUGCCGGUGGGAUUACCCGUCUGAACUAUCCAGUGCCUCCAACAUAUUCUGGAAAUUGCAUUGGGUUUGCCAGAUCAAUGGCAGAGAUCAAUGAGUUGCUUGAAGAUGAUGGCAUUGUAGUGGCAGCUGAGGUGAUUGGAAACACUGUUAAGAAGUUGGACAAAGCAAUUCUUGGUGGGGCAGAGAAUUGGAUUUCUGAAUGGGAGGUGUUGAUUGGAUCAGAGCUUCAUGUUUUGGUUUCUUGGUCACCAAAGUUGGAUCUUUAUGAGACAGAUUUUGGGUGGGGGAAGCCUACAAAAAUAGAGGAGAUUUCUAUUGACAGAACGAGGGCCAUUUCAAUGACUGAGAGUAAGGAUUUGAAAGGGGGCAUCGAGGUUGGCUUAGCUCUGCCUAAGUCUAAGAUGGAUGCUUUUGGCACUUUCUUCAUUGAAGGUCUCAAAUUGUUUUGUAAUCCAUUUAAUUAGUAUAUUAAAUUAAAUGGUUAAAUUCAUUGUUUUAUAUAUGUAACCAACUCAUCGAUCUUUCCCAUUGCCCUGCCAAAUCCAAUGUAAGGAUUCGGCUUGUUUUUAGUUUUA